AUGGACCACUUUUCACCAAGCUUAGAGGAGGAUCACGAGGAGGAGAUUGCGGAAGAGAAGAUUAUUAAUGAAGAGUACAAAACAUGGAAGAAGAAUGCACCUUUCCUUUAUGAUAUGAUCCUCAGCACUGCGCUAGAAUGGCCAACUCUUACAGCGCAAUGGCUUCCUGACAAACAGGAGGACCCCGACAAGCCAUACUCUACACAUCGCCUCUUGCUGGGUACCCAUACUUCAAGCGAGGCCCAGAACUACCUUCAAAUAGCUCAAGUACAGCUGCCGAACCCUAGGAACCCUGAAGCCGAGGAUUACGAUGAAGAGAGGGGCGAGAUCGGGGGCUAUGGCGGUUCCAACAAGACUUCGAUGGAGGUGAAAUUCAAUAUCAUCCAGAAGAUUGAUCAUAAGGGGGAGGUGAACAAGGCUCGAUACCAGCCGCAGAAUCCUAAUAUCAUUGCAACAAUGUGUACAGAUGGACGGGUUAUGAUAUGGGAUCGAUCGAAACAUCCAAGCAUUCCCCAGGGAACCGUUAACCCCCAGCUAGAAUUGUUAGGGCAUACCAGCGAGGGCUUUGGCUUAAGUUGGAACCCGCAUACUGCAGGCGAGGUCGCCACCGGGAGUGAAGAUAAGACUGUGCGGUUAUGGGACCUCAACACAUACACCAAAGGUAACAGAGCAUUGAAACCCGUGAGAACAUAUACGCAUCACUCUUCCAUCGUUAAUGAUGUCCAAUAUCAUCCGCUUCACUCGUCUCUCGUCGGCACCGUUUCCGAUGAUAUCACCCUCCAAAUCCUCGACAUCCGUGAACCAGACACUACACGUUCUGCAGCCUCCGCCAAAGGACAGCACAAAGAUGCCAUAAAUGCAGUGGCCUUCAACCCUGCCGCCGAGACGGUAGUAGCUACCGGCUCUGCGGACAAGACCAUCGGGCUAUGGGACCUACGAAACCUCAAAUCGAAACUCCACGCACUAGAGUGCCAUCAGGACUCAGUCACGUCGCUAUCGUGGCAUCCGUUCGAAGAAUCCGUGUUGGCAAGUGCCAGUUAUGACAGAAGGAUCAUGUUCUGGGACCUCAGCCGCGCGGGUGAAGAACAAACCCAAGAAGACGCCCAAGACGGGCCUCCAGAAUUGCUGUUCGUGCAUGGCGGACAUACAAACCGCAUCUCUGACUUCAGCUGGAAUCUCAGCGAUCCCUGGGUGCUUUGCUCGGCAGCCGAGGAUAACUUGCUGCAAGUAUGGAAGGUCGCAGACGCGAUUGUAGGAAAGGAUAUAGAAGAUGUUCCUACCGAAGAGCUGGAGUCGUAA